AUGUCUGAAUCUGAAGCACAGUGUGCCCUCAACCCAGAUGGGUCUCUAAAGGAUGCCAAAGACAUCACCUUUUACAAUGAUCCUGAUGAUGCUGUCCCCAUUUCUGCUCCAUCCUCUGCCCAGCCACCAUCAUCUACUACUCCCACAGUCACCUUCUCUGUGCUUGACACUCCAUUUGCACCUCUAAACCUUCUGUGCACCUUCAUGAUGCCAACAAUGCUUGUUCUUCAACAAGCCGCAAGUCUCUCUGCUCCAUUAUCUGACAAUGAAGGCUCUCAUGUGGCUGGUGCCAACACAGAUAUUGAUACUGAUCCUGAUCCUGGUGCUGGUCAAUCGGAUGAGGCUGAGGAUGAAGAUGUACCAGCACCUGAGGACGAGCCUGAGGACGAACCUGAAGAUCUUCAAGACACCACCAUCCGAGCCACUUUAUCAAAGAGUGAGCACACCACUGAUAUUUGA